GUAAUAAUCAUGUAUUAUAUAUAUAUAUGGGGGUAAUAACGUCUAUAUUAUUUGUGUUUACAGGAUGAAGACCAUUCUCAGCAACCAGACGGUGGACAUUCCUGACAACGUCGACGUGACGUUGAAGGGCCGCACGGUGACGGUGAAGGGGCCCCGUGGAACCCUGCGCCGGGAGUUCAACCACAUCAACCUGGAGCUGCGGCUGCUCGGCAAGAAACAGAAGAAGCUGCGAGUGGAUAAAUGGUGGGGCAACAGGAAGGAGCUGGCCACCGUCCGAACCAUCUGCAGUCACGUUCAGAACAUGAUCAAGGGUGUGACCAUGGGUUUCAGGUACAAGAUGCGCUCGGUGUACGCCCACUUCCCCAUUAACGUGGUGAUGCAGGAGAGCGGCGCGCUGGUGGAGAUCAGGAACUUCCUGGGGGAGAAGUACAUCCGCCGUGUCCGCAUGAGGCAGGGCGUCAGCUGUUCCCUCUCGGCUGCCCAGAAGGACGAGCUGGUCCUGGAGGGAAACGAUAUUGAACUGGUGUCCAACUCUGCUGCCCUCAUCCAGCAGGCCACUACAGUCAAAAACAAGGACAUCAGAAAGUUCCUGGACGGGAUCUACGUCUCCGAGAAGGGGACAGUAUUGGAGCAGGAGUCGUAGUUCCUGGACGGGAUCUACGUCGGCGAGGAAAGCACCGUGGUGGAGCAGCCAGAUGAUUAGCACAUCUGUCCUUGUAAAAUCUGUCAAUAAAAAAAAAACGUUUUUUUCCACCGA